AUGAACAUGCCCCUGCUGCCAGUCAUGUCCUCGCCGCCGCUGACCCGGCAGAGCUCUCGGGCGGGCUCACUGGACGGCAAUCCCAUGAUCGUGAUGAAGUUUGGCGGCUCCUCGCUGGCAGGGGCCGCGCACUUGCGCCGCGUCGCGGGCAUCGUCCACUCGCGGAUGAGCGAGCGGCCCAUCGUCGUGCUCAGUGCCAUGGGCAAGACCACGAACGAGCUCAUCGCGGCGGCCGAGCGCGCGCAGAGUUCCGGCGAGGUGGACAUCUCGAAGGUCCGCAGCCUCACAGAGGGCGUCCUGAAGGAGCUCGACGUCCCGGUGCCUGCGGAGGUCGAGGGCCUGCUGCAGGAGCUCGAGCGGAUCAUCUCCGGCAUAUCCUUGUUGAGGGAGGUGUCCGGUCGCACCCGCGACUGGGUGGUGUCGUUCGGCGAGCGGCUGAGCGUGCGCACCUUCACCGCCUGGUACAACGUCUUCCUCCAGAGCCACGAGCCGUGCGCGGACCGGCGCGUCCCGGCCAGGGCGCUGGACAGCUGGCAGGUGGGCAUGCUGACGAGCAGCGGAGCUGGAAGUACCAACUCGACCUUCUCGCAGGUGGAGAUCCUGCCGGAGACGUACGAGGCGAUCUCGGAGUACAUGUCCUCUCUGGAGUUGGAAUAUUCCUACGUGCCAGUGGUGACGGGCUACAUCGCCAAAGACGGCAACGGUACCAUAACGACACUUGGCCGCGACGGGUCCGACCUCACCGCCACGAUCAUCGGCGCUGCGAUCAGCGCGAAGGAGGUGCAGAUCUGGAAGGACGUUGAUGGCGUUCUUACGACAGACCCAAGGGUCGUGAAGGAGGCCCGGCUUCUGACGGUGUUGACGUUCGAGGAGGCCGCCGAGCUGACCGUGUUUGGGGCGACCGUGGUGCACCCCGCGGCGGUCAUGCCGGCCUGGCUUGCUGGCGUGCCCAUCACGGUCAGGAACUCCAUGGUGCCGCACCUGCCUGGCACCCGCAUCGUCUCCGAGAUGAGCGAGGACGACGUCAAGGAGCGGGGCAGCCGCGUCGCUGCGAUGAGCAGCAAGCGCGGUAUCACAAUGGUCGUGAUCCGGAGCACAAGAAUGCUUGGACAGCACGGUUUUCUUGCACAUGUGUUCAAUGUGUUCAAGAAGUUCGAAUUAUCGGUUGACGUCAUUGCGACUUCCGAAGUCACUAUUUCACUAACCUUGGAUAUAAGUUUCAAGCCUCUCGAUCUCACGGGCCUCUGUGCUGAGCUAGGCACCGUUGCCACUGUUGAGAUCAAUCAGUCGAUGUCUAUGCUGACCCUGAUAACAGCCAAGAAGACAUCCUGUGGCGUUCUGAGGGAGGCCUUCAAGUUGUUCGAGGAGAUCGAUGCCCAGGUGGAAAUGGUGUCGCACGGCGCGUCCAACGUGAACGUUACAUUCGUCCUUCCCGAUGCAAUCUUGGUCGAAUGCACCAGGAAGCUCCACAAAGCGUUCUUCGAGACCUGA